AUGGCCAUCACCGAGCUCGUCUUUCCGCCUCUGAAGGCUGAAGAGGUCAUCAGGACCAACUUCUACAGCAAAAUUCCCAGUCUGCUACGCGAUACCUUCAAGGUUUCCGACGGUCCAAACGCCUCAGCGGUGGCUCGCAUCCUCAAGAGUACCCCGGCCAACGCGGAGAAUCACAAAGGCUACCUUGCGGUCUUCAGCUGGGAAAGCCUUGAGAAGAUUCAAAAUUUCUUGAAGACGCCCGAGUUUGUCGGGUUCAAGUCAUCCCUGGUGGAUUACGUGGAUGGUCCCCCAGUGUUGCAAUUCUUUGAAGCAGCUCCAGGCGUAGUGCCCGAGAACACUCUCCAUGGCAGCACCCACUUCUUCGUCGUCAAGGCGGCGGGCACAGAGGAGCAAGUCAACCAGGCGAGAAGGUAUUGGGGUGGUAUCACGUCUACCUUCUCCAGAAUUGCCGGAGAUGAGGUCAAGUAUCACAGCGGUGAUGGGAAGCUGAACUACGAUGGCCAGUUUUCUGGUUUCAGUGGUUGGAAAUCCAUCGAAGCUCUCAAUGAAGCACUUGGCCAGUCAGAGGUUCAGGACCAGCUUCAGGCUCUCUUUGAGACCUGUGGAAGCGUUUCAAGCUUCGUCUUGGAGCUCAAGCACGUCUUUUGA